CACCCAUCUCCCCCCCCUCUCCUCCCGCUCUGGUCUUCAGUCUUCGCUUUCUCUGCAGCGAAGAAUCAAACGCGUCUCUCGGUCCACGGCCGGUGCGAGAGGCCGAAACCCUAAGAAGAAAGCCUCGAUCUCGCCGGAGCGUGCGAUCUCCGACGAGUCUCCUUCCGUGAGGGGCCCCCCUCCCAUUUCCGAGCCUCGAUUGAUUCGCCUCGCGGCAAAUGCUCUCGAGCUAGAAUCGGCCGGGUUCGGGCUCCUUUGCAGGCGGAGAGAGGAUUGACUUCGAGAGGUGGGGGCGAACAUGUACAAGAACCAGCUGCAGGAGCUGGCGCAGAGGAGCUGCUUCAACCUGCCCUCCUACGCGUGCAUCAGGGAAGGUCCCGACCACGCCCCUCGCUUCAAGGCCACCGUCAACUUCAACGGCGAGAACUUCGAGAGCCCCAGCUACUGCUCCACCCUCCGCCAGGCCGAGCACUCCGCCGCCGAGGUCGCCCUCCACUCCCUCGCCACUCGCGGCCCUUCUCACUCCCUCGCCGCUCGAAUCCUCGAUGAGACGGGGGUUUAUAAAAACCUCUUACAGGAGAUUGCACAAAGAGUUGGAGCUCCAUUGCCACAAUAUUUUACAUUUCGAUCAGGCCUAGGCCACCUGCCUGUGUUUACAGGCAGGGUAGAGUUAGCUGGAAUCAUUUUCACUGGAGAACCUGCCAAGACGAAGAAACAAGCAGAAAAGAAUGCAGCAAUGGCAGCUUGGUCGUCUCUGAAGCAAUUGUCGAAAGAAACUGCUAGUACAUCAUCUGAGACAGAGAACAAUGAUGAGCUGGAGCAGAUAACGAUAGCACGAGCUUUACUAAACUAUCGUUCGAAGGAGAAGGCAGCAUUGGCUAACUCCCCCAGCGGCUCCAUACCAUUCGCGAAGAAGUUUCAAAUUCAAAAUCUAAGAGCAACUAGCCCACAACCUCCACCUGUCACCACAUCAAAGAUCCUUCCUCUAUUUUUCCAAAAAGCAGCUUCUCAAGUCAGACCUUCACCGACAUCCGCAAAUGAUAGGCCCUUGCCAGUUCCAAGGAAUCCAUCUGCGGAAGCUCUUGGGGCCCGCCUGCAGAAGUUCCCAGCUGCUGGAGCUGUUCCUUACAUCCCCAUUCAGCAGUUUAGGGCACCAUGCCGUGGUAUUGCACCCCCAGUGGCAAUAAGGACUGUAACACCAGUAUACGCUGCUCCCCUCCGUCCACCGCCUUCAGCGAGAUUGCCAGCUCCGGUCAUGCAGGCAUCACCCGUGGGAGUGGCCCCACCUGUCUGUACCGGGCAAGCUGUGCCUGUAUUUGCUGCACCACCGGCCCAGAGGGAGAAUCCUCCAAUGGUUUACAAAGAACCUCCUUUUACUUCUAUCAUUUCAUGUGAUGGGUCUCUCCCUAUUGUGGAGGAAAGGAAGAGUGCACCUGCCAAGCAGCAGCAAGAAUCUGAGGUUGCACAAAAAGUGAAAGAACUAGCGAUCUAAGUGGUGUUCUGGGGAAAUUAGGAAUUUGUGAACAGUGUUAAGGCCCCUGUUGUCUUAGGUUUUGUUUUGUUUUGUUUUUUUUGUCUUCUCACCUUGUUACAUUAAUGCCCCUCUCUUUUGAUAUAUUCUCUCUCUCUCUCUCUCUCCCAAUUUUGCUUUAUCCUAUCUCUUCUGAAGAUGUAGUUGUCCAGUUCUGUUUCUGAGCUACAUAUGCAAUAGGUUAAAUUAGCUUCUGUUCUGAAGAUGCGGAACUUUUCGCAGUUUCAGCAACCGAACCAUCCCCUUUUUCCCGUAUCAGUAAUUGAUUAACAUUUUGGGUUUGCAAGUAGUGAUUUAAUUAUACUGCCCCGUACUCGACUCACAAUCAAUAUGAGCUCUAGUGGCUUUGUU